AGAAGAUUGGAUUUUUUUAAUUUUGAAUAAAAAUAGAUUGUGCGCCGUCGAACUAUUUCAAUCUUCAAGUUUAAAUUUCCUUGGCUAAACCCUUCCCAUCUCCGACCACCGCCGUCAACCACCGUCCGCCGCCGCCGGAGUCUGCUUCGAUUUCUACCUUCAAAUUCCAGACCCAUCACUCCAUUUGCUGCUAUAUUUGUAGUCAGCUUCACAUAUCGAUGGCAGCAAUUUCCGGAUCAAUUUUGAAUUUCUCAGGUUUCAAAAGUUCGACUGCUAGUGCAGUUCAAUUUAAACCCCCGUUCCCGAUUCGGAACGAUGAUAUGUACCGAUUCCGUAAAUUUCACAGUGGAAAUGCAUUAGUUUCAACAAGAAUUCCAAAUUCCCCGACCCUGUAUUUUCGCCGUCGUCGGUGUUCUCGCCCGACACGUGUUUUGUCUGCGGGAAGAAACUAUCAGCUAAACCAGAAUGACGACUUUUGGACAGAGCCUUUUUGGUUAAACCCGAUUCGCGAGGCAUUCUGGAAUACUCGAAGUCUACUUCUUUUUUUAAUCGAACAGCCAGGCCAGCUAAAGUAUAUCGAGUGGCCAAGCUUUCAGAGCACACUGAAAACAGCAACGCUGACUCUUGUUCUAGUGGCGAUGCUUAUUGUUGCACUGUCAUCAGUUGAUUCAGCCCUGUCCUUUUUACUGGCUUUCUUUCUGAGAAGAAAGGCAUGACAUCAUCACUUCAAAUAUGAUGUUAUUUUAUGGUACGUGACGAACAAAGAUAUCGAUUGUAAGCAUAAUUUGUAUCGUUCCAUCGAUUUAUAAAAUAGGGAGCAGCAGUUUGACUAUAAGAGGAGAAGUAACUUAUCAAUGAAGUUAUUUUAGAGAGAGAGAGAGAGGUGUUUUCUUCAUAA